AUGCUAAUCAAAUAAUUGUGUACACCAAUGUUUUGUACCCCGGACGGGCAACUCUGGACCGCUAAUCAGUAAAAUAUAACGAAAUAAAGAAAAUCCAGCUGGUCUACAUCGAAGUAUGACACGCGAUAUGGCUGUCAGCUUCACAUAAAAUAAUCAGAUUAUCACUACUGCGUGCUAGGUAGAAACUGACAACUUCGAAUUACACCGCGCCUUUCUUGCUACACUCCAAAUUAUAUUCAAAUGAGAAAUACUUUCGUUCCUUCAUAUUUCAGCGAGAAAAAGAAAGAGACUUCUCUGAUAUGUCUUAUACGGAAUUAGAGUACGGCUACCAGGAUCUGAAGAAUGCAACAAGACCAGUCUUCUACGUAGGAGAUAUUAACCCAGGGCAAUCCCCCCUCGUCGGUCAGUCCUCAUCUUCGAUCUACCAUUCCUCGGCACGAGAUCUGCCGAAAGGAUGCCUAAGCGAAGAUGGAUGCAUGGGAAGUACGAAUUCUCUGGAUGGUGAGGGAAAGCAAGUCUUGGUUGGUGUUUGUGCAAUGGCCAAGAAGUCUCAGAGUAAACCUAUGAAGGAGAUCUUGACACGGCUUGAAGAGUUCGAAUAUUUGAAAAUCAUUGUUUUUCCGGAAGAAGUCAUACUUAAAGAACCUGUGGAAGACUGGCCGAUAGUCGAUUGCUUGAUAAGUUUUCACAGCAAAGGUUUUCCGCUCGAUAAAGCUAUACAGUAUGCCAGCUUACGAAAUCCAUUUAUAAUUAACAAUCUGCGUAUGCAAUACGAUAUUCAGGGCUUACAGGAUCGCAGACGAGUUUAUGCGAUACUCAAUGGAGAAGGCAUAGAAAUACCGCGAUACGCAGUCCUGGACAGAGAUUCUGCAGAUCCAAAGCAUCAUGAACUGGUUGAAUCGGAGGACCACGUCGAGGUGAAUGGUAUAACAUUUAAUAAACCGUUUGUUGAGAAGCCAGUAUCUGCCGAAGAUCAUAAUAUUUACAUAUAUUAUCCAACAUCCGCGGGUGGCGGAAGUCAGAGAUUAUUUAGAAAGAUUGGCAGCCGCAGCAGCGUUUACUCACCAGAGUCUCGGGUCCGGAAAACUGGAUCUUACAUAUAUGAAGAUUUCAUGCCGACUGACGGCACUGACGUUAAAGUUUACACAGUUGGGCCCGAUUACGCUCACGCCGAAGCAAGAAAGAGCCCGGCUCUGGAUGGCAAAGUGGAACGGGACUCAGAGGGAAAGGAAAUACGCUAUCCCGUCAUUCUUAGCAAUGCUGAAAAACUUAUAAGCAGAAAAGUAUGCCUCGCCUUUAAGCAAACCGUUUGCGGGUUCGAUUUGCUCAGAGCCAAUGGUCAAUCGUUUGUCUGUGACGUUAAUGGAUUCAGUUUUGUUAAAAAUUCGAACAAGUAUUAUGACGAUUGCGCGAAAAUUUUGGGUAACAUGAUUCUCAGAGAACUGGCACCUACUCUUCACAUUCCCUGGAGCGUUCCGUUUCAACUGGAUGAUCCACCCAUUGUGCCCACUACAUUUGGAAAAAUGAUGGAGCUAAGAUGUGUCGUUGCAGUUAUCAGACACGGCGAUAGAACUCCCAAGCAAAAAAUGAAGGUCGAAGUUCGUCAUCCCAAAUUUUUUGAGAUCUUUGCCAAGUACGAUGGUUACAAACACGGUCACGUCAAACUAAAGCGGCCCAAACAGCUUCAGGAGAUUUUGGACACCGCACGUAGCUUGUUAACGGAGAUUCAGCAUCGUGCUGCUGGACCAGAGUUGGAAGAGAAGCAAGGAAAACUGGAGCAGCUGAAAAGUGUCCUAGAAAUGUAUGGCCAUUUUUCAGGAAUUAAUCGUAAGGUCCAGAUGAAAUAUCAGCCUAAAGGCAGACCUAGAGGGAGCUCCUCAGACGACGGUAAAACCAACAACAGAUUUGGCGAGCCAUCUUUGGUGCUGAUUCUAAAGUGGGGCGGAGAGUUGACGCCAGCUGGACGCAUCCAAGCCGAAGAACUUGGCCGUAUAUUUCGGUGCAUGUAUCCGGGAGGUCAAGGUAGACACCUUAGUGGAGAAUAUGCCGGUGCCCAAGGUCUGGGUCUCCUUCGACUGCACUCAACCUUUCGUCAUGACUUGAAAAUUUACGCCAGCGAUGAAGGCAGAGUCCAAAUGACGGCUGCAGCUUUCGCCAAGGGUCUACUUGCUUUGGAGGGCGAACUAACUCCCAUUCUGGUACAGAUGGUCAAAAGUGCCAACACCAAUGGACUUUUGGACAACGAUUGCGAUAGCAGUAAAUACCAAAACAUGGUAAAAACGCGACUGCAUGAACUACUGCAACAGGAUAGAGAAUUUACCCGCGAAGAUCGCGAGCAGAUAAAUCCCGGUAAUGCUCUGAGCAUAAAUGCGGCAAUGAAUUUUGUAAAAAAUCCUGUAAGAUGUUGUCAGCACGUUCACGUUCUUAUACAGAAACUAAUGGACAUUGUCAGGAUUAAGAAAGACGAUCCCAAGACGAAAGAUGCUAUUCUGUACCACGGGGAAACAUGGGAAUUAAUGGGCCGCCGGUGGGGUAAAAUUGAAAAAGAUUUCUGCACUAAAAAGAAGAGGUUCGACAUAUCGAAAAUCCCCGACAUUUAUGAUUGCAUUAAGUACGACCUGCAGCACAACAAUCAUACGCUUCAGUUUGAUUAUGCGGAAGAGCUCUACAUAUACUCAAAAUAUUUAGCUGAUAUUGUCAUACCGCAGGAAUAUGGACUAACCGUUCAGGAAAAACUCACCAUAGGACAAGGUAUUUGCACACCUCUACUGAAAAAGAUUCGAGCAGAUCUUCAACGAAAUAUAGAGGAGACCGGCGAAGAAACUGUUAAUAGAUUAAAUCCACGUCGUAUCCUCCAUUUCAGAUACUCGCACGGAGUUUCAAGUCCUGGAAGGCACGUCAGAACGAGAUUAUACUUUACAAGCGAAAGCCAUGUUCACUCCCUACUCACUGUACUGCGAUAUGGAGGAUUACUUGAUGUGGUCAAGGAUGAACAAUGGCGACGCGCAAUGGAGUACGUAAGCAUGGUAUCAGAAUUGAAUUACAUGUCACAAAUCGUCGUUAUGUUAUACGAAGAUCCAACAAAGGAUCCAAGCAGUGAAGAGCGCUUCCAUGUCGAGCUUCACUUUAGUCCCGGAGUGAACUGUUGUGUGCAGAAAAAUCUUCCCCCGGGACCGGGUUUCCGGCCGCAUUCGCGGAACGAGAGUAAUCAUAAUCUCGGUGAGGCGGGAUCAGGUGCAGAAGGCAGCUCUCAGUGCAACACGCGAAUCGAAGAGGAAGAUUCCGAAUUAAGUAUCUUGGAUGACAACACAAAUAGCCCGGUCACAAAUUCGAACACUUCACCGAUGGAAACAGACGAAGGCAACUUGGCCUUGGAUGGCGAGAGCCCGAAGGCGAGUAAAACUAUCGAUAUGAUGGACCUGGAUCCCAUAAUCGACGAACCUUUCGAUAGUGGCUUUCUACAGAGUUCGGCGCCAAUUCCAAUCAGCGCGAGAACAGUGGCGGGUCACGAAGCAGCUAGACUUGGCAGCCAGCUAGCAGCGAGUCAACGUCAACGUCGAGAACUGGAGGCAGCAGGUAUCAAUGAACCAAGAGCCAGAAGCUAUGACCACCAGAGACAAGAAAAAACUGUAAAACCUGCUGAGAAAGUGCAAUAUCAAAGUUUGGAUGCAGUCAAUAAGGAAGCCGAUUGCUGUCAAAAGUCACUAAAGCAAGAAACUGAUCUGAAUGUUGCCAAUCAUUGCGAGAAUGUCAGUAAAUUAUCAAGGGUGCAAAAGUCAUUGAGACGAUCAUUUACUCUAGCACACUCGCUCAGUUCACCCAAUAUGCCUGUAACCAUGGUUUUCAAUUCCAAUUCAUCUUCGUCUCCGUUGAUAACUUUUCACCGAGUCCCUCUUGCCUCUCCCGGUACAGUCUGUGCUCCCAUAGACGAAACAAAUUCGUCUUAUACCGUAGCCAAACCGCAAUUAUUGACGCAAUUUAAGAAGUAUGGCAGAUCUUACACCGAAGCAACUUUGUCUAACUUUAAAGUGUGCGCAAGACGCUAUCGUCACAGCGUCUCUGGACAGAUGACCUACUUCAAGAUGCUCGGAUACAACGUUAGCAAGAAGCUUACUGGUUCUACAAACAGCCUGUUCAGCACAGCUGUUAUCAGCGGAUCGUCGAGCGCCCCGGACCUCAAGGAUAUGGUGCCUCAGCACGCCUCUGCUGUUGCAGCUAUAGAUGGAUUCGGAGGCGUCCCACCAAUCAGACCAUUGGAAACAUUGCAUAACGCACUGUCUCUGAGACAGUUGGACUCGUUUCUAGAAAUGAUGACUAGCCUGUCUUUUUUCCGCACUCCGGCAUCCUCGCCGCCUAAAUAUCCAUCUCCAGGUGGAUCUGUUCACGGGUCAUUUCUCCAAAAUCUAAGCAUAGGCAGCAUCGGUCGCGAAUACCAUUCCUCCGAUAAUGAAGUCAUUAGAAAUCAGCUGUCACCGACCAGUCCAAACAGCGCAGGUUGGAGCAGUGGAGCGCCAUCUUUUUUGUCGUCGGAGCCAUCUUCUCCUGCUCCUACGUCGGCGGGUGAAUGUAGCAUGUCUACCAGUCUCGGUAGCAAUGACGGAAUGCGCGUGUUCAAUACGGCGCACGAAUUUCCCAGAACACCAGAUUUGAACCUAGACCUAAAUAACAUCUGUAUGGGAAUAGAUCAAGGCUGCCGAGAAAGCCGUGGAAGUAUAUCUUUUACAGAUUACUACAGUAACGAAGAUGGCCAAAUUUUGAAAAUCUGCCAAGACGAUAGCUGUAAGCUCAUCAAGAAAUCAGUAUGUGUUGAUGAUGCUACAAUCAUUGAUAACAUCGAUGAAGACGAGGACCAUACUUUGACAUUGAGACAGAGCAAGGUGCAGAAGAAACAAGACAUCAAAUUUGUUUUCAAACAGCAGGAAAAUUCUAAUCCGGUACAACCGAGUUGUAGUUAUAAAAAAAUUGGAAGAUUCCGCGUGGAAAGUAUGGAAGUUGCGGAUGAUGACGUUAGGAUGAAAGACCAGGUUACAGUGUGUACCAGCAAUCCGAAAAGUGUGAUCCAAUCUGUGUUAGUCAAAGAGGCAACUAUCGAAGGUGGUAGAAAAAUAUCAAAACCAUUGUUCAGUAAUGAGAGUGAUGUUGAUUUACAACAAACGACUGAAAUACGGGCAAUCUCCAAGAGCAAUUAUUCAAAAUCUGAAAUCUGUCCUCUUUCACCACUACAUUCGAAUGCAGAACUUGACUCCGAUUACCGGAGCUUUACUCCAAUUGAAAAGGAACUUUCUACUCCGGAUGAUCUUGACAACACAAGAAACUCGGAGGUGAUCCUCACCCAUCCAAUUCCCAUCAAUGGAUCGAGAAUUAACAAACCAUCGGAACCUGUACUUACACUAGCGAGCAGUCUUAAUGACGGUACAAAUGUUAAAGUUGGUUUUGACGUUGAUACCGAAAAAGCAGGUUAAGGAAGAGAAAUAAUAAUUUUGUAACGAUGCUUGAUAGGAUUGUUCAUUUAAUUGAUGUUACAUGGGAAAUCACUUUAGUAUUAUUACCAAUGACUGUACCGCACUUGCUUUGCGCAGACCCCAUUCUCCGUAGAAUUUAUCGAUUUUAUCACGCUCAACGUGAAAUAACUACUUAAUAGUUGGAUCAUGAUUAAUUUAUUGAUCUUGAAAUGCAAUUCGUGGUGUUGAGUAAUAACUAAAAGAAGCGUUAAUUGAUGUCCAUUUCUAGAAGGACUUGUUUGAAACCUGCCUAUGAUUGUCAAUUCAUAUCGAAGCAUUUUAAUCAUAUUGUCAACAAUAACAGAUUGAAUAACCUGCUGCACGAUAUAUGCAUUAGAAAACAAAACCUAUAUGUGAAACGAUUCAACGUUCCUGCUAUCGUGACAAAGUCACGUUAAUUUGUGUGCUUAGAUCACCAUGAAUCUAAUGACUAGAGACAAAUAAUCCUUAUGACUCAUGGAAAUAUGAAUGUAAAGUUGUUUCAGUUAGAAAAUUUAUUGAACGAUUGACAAAUCGGAGUAAACUCCGCAACUUGAAAAUAUGUAUAAAUAGACUUGAUUAAUUAGUGUAUCUACACUGAUUUGUAAUUGUGUUAAUAUUAUCAUUGCCAUAAUAAUCACUUGGACCUGUAAAGCUGUACAGCAAAAAUUACGAAAUUACUUAACUAAAUUUUCAAAUGUGGCUGAGUAUUUAUAUUAUCUUCAUUCGUAGACAAUCUGAAAUUAUUACAGCGCCUAACAUUCAUCUGUGAUUUUAAAGCAGUAUAAUUUACGUUGUUUGUUUUCCCUGAACAAUUGUGUCAUGUCCUUAAUUACGUCAAAGCGAAAUGUCAUAAAUCGCCACUUAGUUCAGACAGAAAGGCAAAGAAACUCACAGACGUUGUUUCAGAAUUGUACUACGUAACUAGUAUUCCGUAUUUAUUAUGGUGCCACUUAUACAGAUAUCGAUGCACAAUUGUGAGAUAGUUAAAUUUUUUGUUAUGUUGUUAGAUCGUGUUAUCGGCUGUAAAAUAGUAAAUAAAUCAAAACAUGUUACCAAA